AUGACCGUCAAAAAGACUCCCAAAAAAGCGCUUCUAUGCUUCCAUGGCACCGGCUCCAGGAGAUCCAUCUUCAACGUCCAGAUGGCAAGAAUUUGCUACCAGCUGCGCGAUGUGUUUGAGUUCAUAUUCCUCGACGGCCCGCUGGAGUGCGGCCCAGGACCCGGGGUGCUGCCUAUGUUCAGCGGGCAGGAGCCGUACCGUGGCUGGUUUCACGGGCACGAAGUGAGCAUUGACGAGAGCAUACGAGAGAUCAACGGCGCAGUGCAGACAGGUCUGGAUGACUGGAGGAGCAGCAAUGCGGAUGCCGAUGUGGAAAACAUUGUCGGCGCCGUGGGCUUCUCCGAGGGCGGGCUCGCGCUGACGCUGAUGCUCUGGCUCCAGCAGGAGCAACGCCAGCAACAGGAGCAGCAGCAAGAGCAAGAGCAGCAAGUCCUACUCUCCGCCCUCCCAACGCUGCAGUUCGCCGCCAUUAGCUGCUGCUUCUUUCCGCGCGAGGCGUCGUUGUGGAUGAAUGCACGCGCUCAGGCCAGGGGCAAGAAAACAGCCCUUAUCGACGUGCCAACACUGCACAUUCACGGUAACCGCGACUUCUAUCUCGGGCGCGCACGCCAGCUUGUCCGUAACCACUACCAGCCGCAGUGUGCCACCAUCGUCCAAGUCGACACCAGCCACCACCUUCCCACCCAGAAAGACGACGGCGCCGAGGUCUUUAAGCACAUCCGGAGACUGGCAGGCGUAAAAGCAGAAUAG